CGCAAGACGAACGACGUGCUACGGCAACUUCCCACUUUUGGGGUUCACUGGCGUGUUGUGUUGUGUAUUGUGUAUGACCUCACGAUUUCUCAACCUGACUCGCCCCCCUUGCAAAGCUCGUUCGUCAUCGCCGUCGAAGAGACUUGCCAGGCAAGAAUCAGGACAGCACUGGGCUUCUAUCUGGGCGACAGCUAGCGCUGCAAAAGGGGUAGCUUCCGAGCUCGUCUUUCUCUCUCUCGCUCGCGAGCAGACAAAACAAACCCCCAAACCGAACCGACACGCCCACCCUCCCUCUCUCUCCCUCAAAGAAAAAUGUCGUGGUUCCGCAUCACGCUGCACCGCAGCGCCAUCGGGCUGCCGAAGCGCACGCGCGGCGUGCUCAUGGCACUGGGGUUGCGGCGGCGCAACCAGACCGUCUUCCACCCAGUCGAGGCGCAGUUCGCAGGCAUGAUCCUCAAGGUCAAGGAGCUAGUGCUGGUCGACGAGGUGGCCGCGCCGCUGACGCCCGCCGAGGUCAAGGCCGAGCGCACGCCCGACGCCGGUUUUUAUGUUGAGACGCGCGGCCCCGCCCCCGCCAGCCAGGUCGCCCUGCUCGCGACGCCCGUCGUGUCUGGCUUCGGCCGCCUGCCGCCCCGCGCUGCUGGGAGCAUUGGGGACUUUGCGAGCGAGGUCGCCAAGGCAACUGGCCGCAAGGUCAGGUUAUAGAGGGGGAAAAAAGGCGGGGAGGAGAAAUUCGGAUGGGGUUAUAUUUUUUAUUUAUUAUUUCACGUCGGUUUUCGAUUUUGGGGCAGAGGAUAGAAGGGAAGAAGGUAGAAAU